AACACAUCCAACUGCCAGCUCCGAUCCGACCUUCAUCCUCUCGCCUCCCCGAAGAUCUUGAGCUCAUCGAUUCACCAUCCGCUUGGUCCUCAUCAACCACCUCCAAUCCCCGUUUCGUCCAUGACGAAGCACCCGAGAGACGCCGCCGCCGGCGACGUGACCCUGUCCCUCGCGCUCUCCCUCGGCGGCCUGCUGCCGGGCGAGCACGGCGCCAAGAAGCCGCGCCGCACGGGCGGCGGCGGCGGCGAGGGCGAGUUCGUCUGCAAGACGUGCAGCCGCGCCUUCGCCUCGUUCCAGGCGCUGGGCGGACACAGGACCAGCCACCUGCGCGGCCGCCACGGCCUCGCGCUCGGGAUGCCCACCACGGCGACCCCGGGCAAGCAGGCUGCAGCCGCCAAGGACCCCAAGGCGCCGGCGCCGCAUGCUGCUGCCAGCCACCAGUGCCACGUCUGCGGGCUCGGGUUUGAGAUGGGCCAAGCGCUCGGCGGCCACAUGAGGCGGCACCGCGAGGAGGCCGCCGCCGCGGCGCAGGCGCCGCCCGUCCUCCUCCAGCUCUUCGUCUAGAGCUGAUUUAGUCCAUACACGGAGACUUGUCUAGAAUAAUUCUUAGCAUUUAUAGUGUCCAUUAUUUGUAAAUUGUCGCGCAUUCGUUGACAUUUGUUGGGCACAUUGCCCCAUUCAUUCGUUCAUUCAUUUAUACAUGUAUAAAAACUAUCCAUUGAUUCCUAAUUACUUGAGUCCGCUUUUUUGUUCCAAA